AUGCGGGGAGGCUCUGCGCUGGCAGUGCCAUGGCUCCUGGUCCUUGCUGUCACUGGCGGCCGUGGGCAGGAUGAGAAGCCAACCUUUGCCCCCCUUUUCACCCGGAAGCCCUUCAUUGUGGCCUGGAACGCACCCACCCAGGACUGCAGGCCCCGCUUCAAGGUCCAGCUGGACUUCAGCCUCUUUGACCUGCAGGCCUCGCCCAACGAGGGCUUUGUAGACCAGAACCUCACCAUCUUCUACAAGGAGCGCCUGGGCCUCUACCCCUACUAUGAUGAGCAGCAGGUGGCUGUGAAUGGGGGUGUCCCCCAGAACAGCAGCCUCCGGGAGCACCUGGACCGGCUCGAGGAGGGCAUCCGCAAGUACAUCCGCUCAGAGGCCAAGGAAGGGCUGGCUGUCAUUGACUGGGAGGAAUGGCGGCCCAUCUGGAUCCGCAACUGGCAGAACAAAGACAUCUACCGCAAGAACUCCCGGCAGCUGGUGCUGUCGCGGCACCCCGACUGGCAGGAGGACGUGGUGAACAAGGAGGCCCAGUACGAGUUUGAGAGCUCGGCCCGGAAAUUCAUGCUCCGCACCCUACAGUAUGCCAAGAGCUACCGGCCCAAGCAGCUGUGGGGUUACUACCUCUUCCCGGACUGCUACAACCACGACUACAGCAAGAACCCAGACAGCUACACGGGGCGCUGCCCUGACGUGGAGAAGACACGCAAUGACCGGCUGUCCUGGCUCUGGAAGGAGAGCACAGCCCUCUACCCUUCCAUCUACCUAGACCAGGUCCUGGCCUCCUCUGAGAACGGCCGCAAGUUCGUGCGCUCGCGGGUCAUGGAGGCUCUGCGGAUCUCCCACCAGCACCACGAUAACUACUCGCUGCCUGUCUUCGUCUACGCCAGGCCCACCUACAGCCGUAAGCUGGACGUGCUGAGCAGGAUGGACCUGGUCUCCACCAUCGGCGAGAGCGCAGCCCUGGGGGCAGCUGGUGCCAUCUUCUGGGGCGAUGCAGACUACACCAAGAGCCAAAGCACCUGCCGGACUAUCAAGGCCUACCUGGAGGAGGAGCUGGGUCACUACAUCGUCAACGUCACCACAGCGGCUCAGCGCUGCAGCCAGGCACUGUGCCAGGGCUGGGGGCGCUGUCUGCGCCGGGACAGCACCGCCAACGUCUUCCUCCACCUCAACCCGCUCAGCUUCCAGAUCCGGCACCGGGGUGAGGCCGACGGGCAGCAGCCAAUGCUGCGGGUGGAGGGGGAGCUAUCUGCCGCCGACACCGCAUACCUACGGACCCACUUCCGGUGCCAGUGUUACCAGGGCUGGCGUGGGGACGCGUGCGAGCGGCAGCUGAGCACCCACAACAGUGGAGCCUGCCCGACCUGUGCCACUCUGGGACUCCUGGUGCUGGGGCUCCUGGCCUGCUUGGACUAG